AUGCACAUUGAUUCCCUCUCACUUUCUUUGUCCCCCUCUCUUAGAAAGACUAAUCUCCUCUUGUCCUAUCUUUUUUCGCCUCCGCCUCUCUCUUUGAGCCAUAGAUGUGAAAUACAUUCACUUGUCAUGGGAGCUUUUCUUGACAAACCCAAGACAGAGAAGCACAAUGAAGGAGGAAUGGGCAAUGGGCUCCACUUUGGCCUCAGCAGCAUGCAGGGUUGGCGAGUGGAGAUGGAAGAUGCCCAUACUGCAGUCAUUGGUCUACCACAUGGCCUCACUGACUGGUCCUUUUUCGCUGUGUAUGAUGGCCAUGCUGGUGCCAAAGUGUCUGCCUGCUGUGCUGCCCAGCUGAUGGAGCAUAUCAUUGCUAAUGAAGAUUUCCGCGGCAAGCUUGACGUCAGCCAAGGUACAGAGAUAUUCCCUUCUAUCGAGGAUGUACAGAAGGGCAUUAAGACGGGCUUUCUUCAGUUUGACGACCGCAUGAGGACAUUGCCUGAAAUGGUGAGCGGCGAGGACAAGAGUGGCUCAACGGCAGUCUGCACCAUUGUUUCACCUACACACAUCUUCUUUGCUAAUUGUGGUGACUCUCGAGCUGUGCUCUGCCGUGAUGCCAUGUGCCCGUUCUCAACCACGGAUCACAAACCAGUUAACCCUAGGGAGAAGGAGCGCAUACAGAACGCUGGAGGCAGCGUCAUGAUUCAACGGGUUAAUGGCUCUUUAGCAGUGUCCCGGGCUCUUGGAGACUUUGAAUACAAAAAUGUUGAGGGCAAAGGUCCGUGUGAGCAACUGGUGUCUCCAGAACCAGAGAUUUUCAUCCAAGAACGAAAUGAGAAGGAUGAAUUCUUAGUACUUGCAUGUGAUGGAAUUUGGGACGUCAUGUCCAAUGAAGAACUCUGUGAUUUUGUCAGAAGUAGAAUGCUCAUUACCGAUAGUCUUGAGGAAAUUUGCAAUCAGGUUGUAGAUACAUGUUUAUAUAAGGGAAGUCGGGAUAACAUGAGCAUUGUCCUCAUAGCUUUCCCUGGAGCACCUAAAGUGUCGGAGGAGGCAAUCAGGAAAGAAAAAGAAUUGGACACUCGUUUGGAAAAUAAAAUUAAAGAAAUUUUAGAUAACAGCCAUCCUGAUGACGUAAAUCUUUCUCUUGUGAUGCAUGAAUUGAUGAAUGAUGAAAUAGAAGGAUUACCGCCUGGUGGUGGGCUGAGUUCAAAGCGAAGUACAGUUGAAAGCAUUCUAGAAAGGCUUAGACCUGGAAAAACUGAUGCAGGUUUCAGCAGUGACUAG